AUGAGAGAGCUGAAAGAGGGUCUGACGACGGACGAGCAGAAGAAUGCUGCGGAGAAGAAGUGGCAGGAAAAGAAGAAUCGACAGAUCGAAAGAGUCAAGGAGGUGGUGCAGGUGUUCUUGGACGAGGACUGUCCGAAGAAUCUGUCGCUUGUUCCGUGCGGAGUCUUCGGAUCGCUUCUUGAAACAAUGGCUGACCUUCUUCCGGAAGACGACGAGUCCACGGAAUACGCUGCGACGAUCGCGGCGAUUGACGAGCAAGAGUUGACGAAACGUAACAAUUACUACAGCAUAAUGUGCCACUUCCACACAGAAGGUAAGACCGUUGAGAAGUUCCCGCAGAAGAAAGCGCGCAAGAUUCUGAGGCAUCUCGCCGUCAUCGACGUGGUCAAUUCCAAACGAUACGGAUUCCAUUUUAACACCAGAAGUAAGAACAUUUCCUAAUAGCUCUAUCAUUUACAACGUUUUAUUCCAGAAGCUCUUCUCGCCCUUGAAAACUACUACACUCUGAACAAGCCGAUCCCGGACGACGGAUCUUCCGUCCUCGAUCUGUGA